AUGCCAAACGUUGAAGAUGCAACACUUUAUUAUGAUUUCGUCAUCAUUGGCGGUGGCAUCGCCGGUGUCGUGUGUGCUGAAACGCUUUGUGAACUGAUUAGACCGAGUCGGUUUGGUGGCGGUGGUUCAGUGGACUCAGAUCAGCGUUUGCGCGUUGCCCUCGUAUCCGCCACCGCCACCGUGAAGACAACAGUUAAUCUGCGCCGCAUUUCGAAUAUGAUCGAAGCCUUUGAAGUGCAGGAAACCUCGGGAUCCGCGUGGUCGGAGACUUGGCCGGACAUCCUGCAGCUUAUUUAUGACACAGUGAGCAGAUUAGACCCAGAGAAUCGUUUGGUCUAUUUGGAAAGGCGAGGUUCUUCCAACCCAAUCCACUAUGGGCGCUUGUGUCUCGCUACUGGUGGACUACCUCGUUUGAUUGACCGAGACAAUCCAUUCGUGGUCGCUUUGAGGGAUACCGAGAGUUUGGAGAACUUUCAGAAACGAUUAAUGGGCACUCGUCGACUCGUAUUGAUAGGUAACGGUGGAAUCGCCACGGAAAUAGCCCAUGAAGUUCGUGAUUGUCAAAUUGUAUGGGCCGUUAAGCAUACAAGCAUCAGCGCUCCUUUCCUUGAUCCAUCUGCUGCUAAAUUCAUACUCCAAGCCCGUGAGAUGGCUCUCAAGUCUGUCCCUACCGAAGCCUGUGAUUCUGGCUACGCAAUGGGUGAUGGUUCCAACUCCGUUUCCAUACGACGUAUGCGGUAUGUGGUUGCCCCUGAUCCACCGGAAAACACCGGGACAAAAACCGACCUACCUGAACCACGCCUGUUGCUCGUUCCGGCCGAUGCAAACCAACCGAGUGAUGUUCCUCAGACUGGGCCAAACAGUGUGGGAGCCGCAUUAGGACCCGAUUGGGCUCACGGACGCUUGUUACGCGGACAGCUACGAGAUGAUGCAGAGAGUCAGUUGUUGAAAGUUGUCUAUCAGGUGCAAGUGCGGCGCAUUUUAGAUCAUUCGGUGGUGAAAGCGGAGAACCUCCACGUGGUCAAUCCGUUUCCCGCGAUUUCGUCCAACUCAUCCGAUGAGGCACCUUGGCCUGUAUAUGUUGAGCUCACAAAUAACGAUGUGUAUGGCUGUGACUUAGUCGUUAGCGCAGUUGGAGUGGAGGCUAGCUUCCAGCCGAAUCGCUCUGCUGUUGCUGUGACUACCGACCAAUUUUUCGGUGCGCCCUUCUCUCUAGCAUCCCCUUCCGAUGGCGGUGGCGUUCUCGUAGAUGAUCAGAUGCAAUCAGACGUUCCCAAUGUGUAUGCCGCAGGGGAUUGUUCUUACGCCAAUUGGGCUUGGGCCCCGCAUUGGUUCCAAAUGCGCCUUUGGAGUCAGGCACGUCAAAUGGGCUUUCAGGCUGCAAAAUGUAUGUUCGGCCAUAGUCAAGGAGAGCCGGUGGUUCCUCUGGAUUUUUCCUUUGAGCUGUUUACACACGUAACGUACUUUUUUGGUUUUAAGGUGGUUCUCCUUGGACUGUAUAACGGGCAGGGACUAGAUCUAACUUCUCCCGAAUGCUAUCUCCUAAUACGAGUCACUCCGAAUCAGGAGUAUGUCAAAUGCGUGAUGCGUUCGGGACGAAUGCAAGGCGCUCUUCUCAUCGGAGACACCGAUUUGGAGGAAACCUUUGAAAACCUAAUUGUAAAUCAAAUAGAUCUGACUCAUCUGGAGGAUUCGUUGUUAGACCCCAAUAUUGAUUUGAGUGAUUAUUUUGAUUAA